GCCUGGGCGAUCCACACUUCUCCAAACAAGUGAUCUCAUUGUGAAAACAAGACUCCGGUGACACGCUCUGGUCAACGCAUUCCACGUUUGGACGGGCCCGGUGCAUGGUUGUCUGGGUGCCAUGUUGUUACCCGCGCGGCAUGCAAGGGACGGCGCCCUCGAGAGGAGAGAGAUCUCCAAGCAGGGCAGGACCUUUGUCGUAGUCGGAAUCAUCGCCGUCGCCAUCCUCGCCAUACUCAUCAUCACAUACUUCUCGACGCUCAAGUUCCGCGCCCCGUACCGCGCCGCAAAGAAGGCACAACAGUCGUCCAACGACAAACUCCCCUCGUUAUUCUCGUGGAAAGCCUUCCGCAAGCGCCCGCGCCGAAAUGACUACUCGACCAGUCUACAGGAUACCGAAUACCGGGGGAGCACCAGCAGAGCGAGUGGUGAGAUGAGCGGAGCAGCAGCAGCGGACCCAGAGCGGCAAAUAAAUAACACAACCGGUGCCGGCGUCGACAGAAACACAUCCGUCCGCAGCGUCAUGACACUCCCCGCCUACUCGUCUGCUGCACGAGAAAACGAGCGCGUCCUCGCCCGCGAAGGCGAACGCGGCGGCGUAGACACAGUCCUCGAGCUCCCCGAAACCGUCGACGAAGAAGAGCGCCAACGAGAAGAAGAAAUGGAAUCCUUGUAUCAAAUCCGGCUCGCCCGCCGCAUCGAAGCCACCGACCGCGAAGCCCGCCGGCAAGCCCGACGAGAAGCCCGCGCACGAGGCGACGUACAGGCCCUAGCCGACAUACGGCGCCGUGCUGAAGAAGCCGCCGACCUCUCCGUCUCCCAGAUGCUCAUCGCUGAGCACCAAGCCCGGACCCGAAGCCGCGACAGACGGGUGUCAGCUGUUGCAUAUGGCGAUUUGGGCGUCGCGCGCCACGACGGCACGCGCCUAAGAGCCAACUCCUCCGAAAGCGACAACAGACCCCUCCUCGACUCCGCCGCCUCCUUUUCCGGUCAAUCCCGCGGUCGCGACGCCCACGCCCGCGGCCUCUCCGUUACAUCUCUUGCGCAAUCUGUGGAAUCCCGCGGGUCCGACGAUUACGACUUUGCGGAUGCGUCGCGCUCACAUUCCAUAUCAACUGGCCCUAGUCCUGGCCCUAGUCCAAAUACGGAGGGGUUUGAGGUUGUGUCGUUGAAUCCGGAGAGGAGUUAUAGCGGGAGUGGAAGCAAUGGACAGGUGCCAGGGGAAGAUGCGCCUGCGUACGAAGAUCCCCCAAAUUACGAAAGUCCGAUCAAUACGAGGGCGCCGCAGUUACCGGCGCUGAAUCUGAAUCUGGAGAGAUUACCCAGUAUACGUGUUACGACGGGCGAGACGCCGGUGGAGGGGAGUGGGAGGGUGGGGUCGCCGUUGAGGUAAUGAAAGAACCCAUUUUCGCAACAAUUUCUCUUGCAUUUACAAACAAAUCUGGGUUUCUUCGGAAUCAGCGUAUUCAUUGUUUUUCUGAAGCAGUCAUCAACGAAGUUUCAUGAAGUGGCGUCAAUGGCAAUUGAAAG